AUGCAGUGCCUCCUGCUCACCCUGAGCAUGGCCCUGGUCUGUGCCAUCCAGGCCAGGGACAUCCCCCAGACCAAGCAGGACGUGGAGCUCCCAAAGUUGGCAGGGACCUGGCACUCCAUGGCCAUGGUGGCCAGUGACUUCUCCCUCCUGGAGACCGUGGAGGCCCCUCUGAGGGUCAACAUCACCUCGCUGUGGCCCACCCCCGAGGGCAACCUAGAGAUCAUUCUGCACAGAUGGGAACACCACAAAUGCGUUGAGAGGACCGUCCUCGCCCAGAAGACUGAGGACCCGGCUGUGUUCAUGGUCAACCCCAGGACCCUGGAGGCAGACGACAAGGUCAUGGAGGAAUUCAUCAGCUUUCUCAGGACCCUGCCUGUGCACAUGUGGAUCUUCCUGGACAUUACCCAGGCGGAAGAACAGUGCCGCGUCUAG